AUGGCGAUGCUUAGAAGACUGGUGAGGUCAAGCCCUAGUUUAUCAUAUUCCUCCCUUAUUCCUCCCGCUCUUCUAUUCUCUUGCCGGGGAUUAACUACUAAGCUUUUCGUUGGCGGACUGUCAUUUUACACCAAUGAUAAGGGGUUAUCUGAAGCAUUCUCUCAGUAUGGUCAAGUGAUUGAAGCUCAAAUUGUAACAGACAGAGUUUCUGACAGAUCAAAAGGAUUUGGGUUUGUGACCUUUGCUUCAGAAGAUGAAGCCCACAAAGCCCUAGAGGAGAUGAAUGGAAAGGCACUGAAUGGACGUGUGAUUUUUGUGGACUAUGCAAAGCCGAAAGUCAAUUAUGGUGGCGGAAUGCCAAUUGCAAGAGGACCUCCUGAUCCGACCAAGGACAGUUGA